ACUCCUAAGUGGUCGACCAAUAUAAGGGCAAGACAGAUUCUCAUUUGCUGCUCGCCAAGAUUACAGGACAAGGAAUAAUCAGUUUCUUGGAUUUUUGAAGAGGAAAAGAGAUCAGAGAAGGAUGGAGCUGACAUGGGCAGGAGCUCUGCUUCUUCUCUGUAUACUUUUCACCCUUUUCUCAUCCUUCCAAAUAUACAAGAAAAAAGGGCAGCUGCCCCCAGGACCCACCCCAUGGCCUUUUCUGGGGAACGUCUUGCAGCGAGAUGUGCUACCUUUGUACAAAUACUAUAAAAAGCUUACUGCAAAGUAUGGACCUAUAUUUACUGUCUGGAUCGGAUCAAAACCAAUGGUUGCACUUUGUGGAUAUGAGGUGGUAAAAGAUGCUUUGAUAGAUCAUGCGGAAGAAUUUGGUGGGCGAAGUGAAACAGCUGCACGUAGGCGAAUAUUCCACAAUAAAGGUCUGACCACCACAGAUGAGAAUAAAUGGAGGGAGCUGCGACGGUUCACACUGUCCACUUUGCGAGAUUUUGGGAUGGGAAAGAAAAGAAUGUCUGAAAGGGUCCAGGAGGAAGCCCUUUGCCUGGCAGAGCAAAUGGCUACCACAAAAGGGCAGCCUUUUGACCCAAGAAGGGGAUUUGCAAGUGCUGUUUCUAAUGUGAUCUGCGCAGUCGUCUUUGGCAAUCGAUUUGAUUCCAAAGAUCAAACCUUCAUAGAGAACCAGCAGAUAGUGGAGUCUCAGAUAAGAUGCUUUCAUAGUUUCCCAGGACUGGUGUACAAUACUUUUCCAAAUAUAAUGGAGUACGUUCCUGGGCAACACACCAAGAGUUUUGCUGAUGCUGAAAAACUCUCUGCUUAUAUCCGUGAGAAGGUGGAGUUCCACAGGAAGACGCUGGAUCCCCAGAACCCCCGUGACUAUAUUGAUUGCUUCCUCAUUAGACAGGAGAAGAACUUAUCUGAGGUUGUCUAUACUCCUGAAGAUCUUGUGAUGGCUGUGUUUGGACUCUUCAUUGCUGGGACAAUAACCACCAGCCAGACCUUGCUCUACAGCCUCCUAGUGAUGGUCAAAUUGCCACACAUUCAAGCUAAGGUGCAACAGGAGAUCGAUGAGGUGGUGGGUGCAAACCGCACUCCAGGCAUGGAGGACCGGUUGAGGAUGCCUUUCACAAAUGCUGUUGUCCACGAGGUCCAACGGUAUCAGAAAGGGAGCCUUGAGAACUUUUCACGGGCAACAACCUGUGACACAAAAUUCCAUGGAUACAACAUUCCCAAGAACACGGCUGUUGUGCCAAUGCUCUCCUCUGUACAUUUUGAUCCUCUCCAUUGGGAGACUCCAGAGAAGUUCAACCCAGAUAAUUUUUUGGAUGAAAAGGGCCAGUUCAGGAAGAGAGACGCUUUCAUGCCAUUCUCAGCAGGGAAGCGGGCCUGUCCAGGGGAAGCCCUGGCUCGGAUGGAGCUCUUCCUGUUCUUCAGCACUCUGCUCCAGAAGUUCACCUUCCAUAUGGCUGGGGACAGCAAAGACACAGAUGUAAUGUCUUUGCAAAUGAACUUCAUAACUAAGAAUCAAUACCCCCUUAUACGAGCUGUUAAACGUUCAGUGGACACUUGUGUUCAAUUGUUGCCUUAAAAACUCAGGCACCCUGAGUCACCUUUAUUAAAAGGCUAAUGAUGAAGCCUAAAAUUCCAGGUAACACAAUAAUUAGUAGAAGGAAAGAAGCCGAGGACCUAAUGGGUGACACUUUGCCUCCCUCCCUCCCCUGAACAGCUGGUAAUGAGGCCCCCCCAAAUCAUAAACUUUUAACAUUAUUUUGUGAAUUUUUGGUGACUCAAGCGUGCGGUGCUCGAGCGUGGACUGCGUAGGUAGAAACAACGGAAUGCUGUGUAGGGAAGGGGCUGUGCAGUGCUCAUGCCACCACCUGCUACGGAUGUCAGCUGGCGGCAACUUGGCGUUCUAUAUAAUCUUUCAACCUACCUACACAUGUUCUGUGAAGACAGGCUUUUAUUGUUGUUAUUAUUAAGUAGACGUGUAAGUUUUCUUAUUUGAUUAUUAAACUUUGCUUUGUUUGUUUGCCUACCUAACAAUUUA